GUCGGCCAGGUCUGCAGAGCCCUGCCAGAGCCGGGACGGCACAAUCGCGCCCAUGGCCCGCGCUCCCCGCCGCCGGCGCCUGGUCCUGCCGCUGCUGUGCCUGCUCUUCCAGGGAGCCACCGCCCUCCUCUUUGCGGUGUUUGUCCGCUACAACCACGAAACCGACGCUGCCCUGUGGCACAGGGACAACCUCAGUAACGUGGACAACGAGUUUUACUUUCGCUACCCAAGCUUCCAGGAUGUGCACGUCAUGAUCUUCGUGGGUUUUGGCUUCCUCAUGGUCUUCCUGCAUCGGUACGGCUUCAGCAGCGUGGGCUUUACCUUCCUCGUGGCUACCUUCACCAUUCAGUGGGCCACACUGGUCCAAGGCUUCCUCCAUUCCUUCCAUGGUGGCCACAUCCACGUUGGCAUAGAAAGCCUGAUCAACGCUGACUUUUGUACCGGUGCUGUGCUCAUCUCUUUCGGGGCUGUUCUGGGCAAGACUGGGCCUGCCCAGCUGCUGCUAAUGGCCCUAUGGGAGGCAGUGCUGUUUAGUGUCAACGAGUUUAUACUGCUCAGUCUCCUGGGGGUGAGAGAUGCGGGAGGGUCCAUGACCAUUCACACAUUUGGGGCCUACUUUGGGCUGUUCCUGUCACGGGUCCUCUACAGAUCCCAGCUGGAGAAGAGCAGGCAACGCCAGAGCUCUGUCUACCACUCUGACCUCUUUGCCAUGAUUGGGACCAUCUUCCUGUGGGUUUUCUGGCCCAGCUUCAACUCUGCGCCCACAGCACUGGGGGACGGGCAGCAUCGGACAGCACUCAACACGUACUACUCGCUCACUGCAAGCACCCUCAGCACCUUCGCCUUGUCAGCCCUUGUCAGCGGGGAUGGACGCCUGGACAUGAUCCAUGUCCAAAAUGCAGCACUGGCUGGAGGUGUCGUGGUGGGGACAGCAAGCGAAAUGAUGCUGACACCCUUUGGAGCUCUGGCAGCUGGCUUCCUGGCUGGCACCGUCUCCACGCUGGGGUAUAAGUUCUUUACGCCUGUCCUUGAAUCCAGAUUCAAAGUGCAGGACACAUGUGGCGUCCACAACCUCCACGGAGUGCCAGGGCUCCUGGGGGCCAUCCUGGGGGUCCUGGUGGCGGCCCUGGCCACCCACGAAGCCUACGGGGAUGGCCUGCAGGAUGUAUUUCCACUCGUAGCCAACGGCCAGCGCAGCGCCACAUCCCAGGCUGUGUAUCAGCUCUUUGGAAUGUUUGUCACCCUGGUGUUCGCCUCAGUGGGUGGCAGCCUUGGAGUAGGGCUCCUGCUGAGGCUGCCAUUCCUGGACUCCCCUCCAGACUCCCAGUGCUUCGAGGACCAGAUUUACUGGGAGGUACCUGGAGAGCAAGAGCCUGAGGCCCAGGGGCCUCUGAGGGCUGAGGAGACAGAUACCUAGGCCUGAUUGCUGCCACCAUGACUCUGUCCUCAGAGGAGAUGACGACGGCGCUGCCAGGCAUGACACUGUCCUCAGAGCAGACAGUGGCUUCUGCCAAGAAAGCCUCCUCUGCCCUUGUUACUACUGUGCUAAGGAGUCUGGGGCCAGAAGGAACCUGCCGCCCUAGGCAGAUCCCUAUUAGCUUGCACCUGUGGCCAGAAAAGGCCAAAGCCAGCCCUGGGUGACAGCUGGCACACUGGCCCGUGUCACCCUGUUCCAGUGGCAUCUGAAGCGGCCCCCGGGUGAUAAACAACCCUGUCACCAAA